AUGGCACGUUUCUGGGUUAAGUUCAUCGAUGAAAAAUAUGGAAAGUCUCUGGAGCGAAGAGAAGACCGAAAGGAGGCUGUGGAAGAAGCAUGUGAGCACCUAAAAACACUAGAAAAUGAGCUUAAAGUAAGAAGUUCUUUGGAGGAGAGAAUUUUGGAAUUGUUGAUAUUGCUGCCAUCUCAUAGGUUAUGGGUUGGGGUCAUUGAAGAAGCUUCAGGAUAUGCUGUGAAGUUUUUUACAGAAGAGAAAUUUCCAUAUUACAUAAAUGGAGUAAUGAGUUUUUGA